AUGCUUCCGUUGACUGGGAAAACAAUAAUAUUUGAUAGCUUUCCUGAUCCUUCAGAUACCUGGGAAAUAAUUGAGACUAUUGGCAAAGGAACUUAUGGAAAGGUUUUCAAGGUGUUAAAUAAGAAAAAUGGCAGCAAAGCAGCAGUCAAAAUUUUGGAUCCUGUUCAUGAUAUUGAUGAAGAAAUUGAAGCUGAGUACAACAUUUUGAAAGCUCUCUCUGAUCAUCCCAAUGUAGUCAAAUUCUACGGCAUGUACUAUAAGAAAGAUGUGAAAAAUGGAGACCAGCUUUGGCUAGUUCUUGAGCUGUGCAAUGGUGGAUCUGUGACUGAUCUCGUGAAAGGAUUUCUGAAGAGAGGUGAAAGGAUGAAUGAACUUAUAAUUGCUUACAUUUUACGUGAAGCUCUGAUGGGACUUCAGCACUUGCAUGAAAACAAAACUAUCCACCGUGAUAUUAAGGGAAAUAAUAUCCUUUUGACUACUGAAGGAGGAGUCAAGCUUGUGGAUUUUGGUGUGUCUGCGCAGCUGACCAGCACUCGUCUCCGGCGGAACACCUCCGUGGGCACCCCGUUCUGGAUGGCUCCAGAGGUGAUUGCUUGUGAGCAGCAGCUAGAUAGCUCCUAUGAUGCCAGAUGUGAUGCAUGGUCACUGGGUAUUACUGCGAUAGAGUUGGGAGAUGGAGAUCCACCCCUUGCUGAUUUGCACCCCAUGAGGGCACUCUUCAAAAUACCAAGGAAUCCUCCUCCAACCCUACAGCAGCCUGAACUGUGGUCACCUGAAUUCAAUGACUUCAUCAACAAGUGCUUGACUAAAGAUUAUGAGAAGCGUCCAACAGUAUCUACUCUUUUGCAGCAUGAUUUUAUUAAGCAAAUUGAAGGAAAAGAAAACGUGCUACAAAGGCAACUCAUGGAAUUUAUUGAUGUUCAUCAACAAAUGGGAGUCACUGAAAAGGCAAGAUUUGAACGUAUUCAUACUAAGAAAGGGAACUACAGUAAGUCACUAGUUUCAAACCAAGAAGAGGUAGAUGAUUUAGCAACCUUGGAGGUACUGGAUGAGAAUACAGUCACAGAACAGCUGCAGAAGGGUUAUGCCAAGGACCAGAUCUACACAUAUGUUGGGGACAUUCUCAUCGCUGUCAAUCCGUUUCGGAACAUAGAUAUUUAUUCUUCACAGCAUUCCAAGCUGUAUAUUGGAGCCAAACGGACUGCCAACCCUCCUCACAUUUUUGCAGUUGCUGACAUAGGCUAUCAGUCCAUGGUGACGUACAACUCCGAUCAGUGUAUUGUUAUUUCUGGAGAAAGUGGAGCUGGCAAGACGCAAAGUGCCCAUCUGCUGGUUCAGCAGCUCACUGUUCUGGGCAAGGCUAAUAACAGGACUCUGCAGGAGAAGAUUCUCCAGGUGAACAACCUUGUAGAAGCAUUUGGGAAUGCAGGCACCAUCAUAAAUGAUAACUCAAGCAGAUUUGGAAAAUAUCUGGAAAUGAAAUUCACUUGUGGUGGCACUGUCGUAGGAGCUCAGAUUUCAGAGUACCUCCUUGAAAAAUCCAGAGUUGUCCACCAGGCAGUAGGAGAGAAAAAUUUCCAUAUUUUUUAUUAUAUUUAUGCUGGUCUCGCUGAAAAGAAAAAACUGGCACAUUAUAAACUGCCAGAAUACAGACCUCCCAGAUAUCUGCAAAAUGAUCAUUUCAGAAUAGUGCAAGAUUUCAUGAACAAUAGCUUUUAUAAGUCCCAGUUUGAAUUAAUAGAACAGUGCUUCAAAGUCAUAGGUUUUACACUGGAGGAGCUUGGAAGUGUGUACAGUGUCCUGGCUGCCAUUUUAAAUGUGGGUAACAUUGAAUUUUCUGCAGUAGUAUCUGAACAUAUGAUUGACAAGAGCAACAUUUCCAAUCCAGUGGCCCUUGAGAACUGUGCAUCCCUGCUGUGUAUUCAGGCAGAUGAACUGCAAGAGGCCCUCACCUCUCACUGUGUAGUGACUCGAGGAGAAACAAUUAUUCGUCCCAACACAGUGGAAAAAGCCACUGAUGUCAGAGAUGCCAUGGCCAAAGCACUGUAUGGGCGCCUCUUCAGCUGGAUCGUCAAUCGCAUCAACACUUUACUCAAACCUGACAAACAUCUAAGUGAAAAUGAUGAUGGCUUGAAUAUUGGAAUUCUUGACAUCUUUGGCUUUGAGAAUUUCAAAAAAAAUUCUUUUGAACAACUGUGUAUCAACAUUGCCAAUGAACAAAUUCAGUUCUACUUCAAUCAACAUGUCUUUGCCUGGGAACAGAAUGAAUACCUUUACGAAGGUGUUGAUGCAAGAGUUAUAGAAUACGAGGACAACAGGCCCCUCCUGGAUAUGUUCCUGCAGAAACCAAUGGGUUUGUUGUCUCUGCUGGAUGAGGAAAGUCGAUUCCCACAAGCAACAGAUCAGACACUUGUAGAAAAAUUUGAAGAUAAUUUGAAAUCAAAAUAUUUUUGGAGACCCAAAAGAGUAGAUCUAACCUUUGGAAUUUAUCAUUAUGCAGGAAAGGUUCUAUAUAAUGCAAGUGGAUUCCUAGCCAAAAAUAGAGAUACUCUUCCAGCUGAUAUUGUGCUGCUGCUGCGAUCAUCUGAAAACAACCUGACUCGACAGCUGGUAACUCACCCUCUCACAAAAACAGGUAACCUGGCACACACCAAAAGCAAAACUACAAUCAGUUAUCAAAUGUGGACCUCCCAAAAAUCAAUCAGUCAUACAAAGAAUGAAGCAGGAGAUACUGGACAUCAUCCAAGAGAAACAACCAGCAUGAAAACACAGACAGUUGCUUCUUAUUUUAGAUAUUCUCUGAUGGAUUUGUUAUCCAAAAUGGUCGUUGGCCAGCCUCAUUUUGUCAGGUGCAUCAAGCCAAACAACGACCGGCAGGCGAACAAGUUUGACAAAGAAAAGGUGUUGGUUCAGCUGCGUUACACGGGGAUUCUGGAGACAGCGCGGAUCCGCAGACAGGGCUACUCACAUCGUAUACUCUUCGCUAACUUCAUAAAACGGUAUUACCUCAUCUGUUACAAAACAAAUGAUGAUCCUCCAGUCAGCCCGGAGACCUGUGCUGCCAUCUUGGAAAAAGCCCACCUUGACAACUGGGUUCUUGGAAAAACUAAAGUAUUCCUCAAAUACUAUCAUGUGGAGCAGCUCAAUUUAAUGCGGAAGGAGACAGUUGACAUGAUUAUUUUGAUUCAAGCUUAUGUCAGAGGGUGGCUGGGUUCGAGGAGAUACAAAAAGAUAAAGGAACAAAGGGAACAAAGUGCUAUUAAAAUACAGUCAGUUGCCAGAGGAUACUUAUUCAGGAAGAAGAGAAAAGAACGAACUGAAACAAGAAACAAAGCAGCAAUAACAAUUCAGUCUCACUACAGGGGAUAUAAGGAAAGGAAGGUCUUCAAAAGCAGGAGGGAAUCACUUAGAAAGCAAGAAAUUGAAAAUGCAGCAACUAUUAGCAAGAAGAAAGAUGAUGAAGAACUUCAAGAUCCUGAGGAAAGUCCAACUGAAGUGGAGAGCGCUGUCCCUGGAACAGAAGAAGCAGCUGCCAUAGCAGAGGAUGAAUUAUCUGCUGUGGAAUUCCUUGAAGCACAACUGCAGCCAGCUCAAAAUGAUACACUGGAAGAAGUGGCAAGUGAGGAGACUCAAGAGGAACCUGAUGUUGUCACUGACAGCAAGUGCUCUGGGUACAGUGACAUGGGGAAUGUACAGAAGCAACAGCAAACAUCUACUGAAGGAGAGGCAGCGUCUGUGAAGCAGAACCUGGCAGUAGAAGAGAUCAGUGAGGGUGAAGAACAGGACUCUUUGGAAGAGUUACCCAGCAAAUCUUCUGUCAGAACCUCAGCUGAACCUAGACUCCAGCAAGAGCAAGAUAACCAAGACACACUCAAUGCAGACUGGCAAAAUCAAGAAUCUGCUGUGGUCCAGCACAGAACUAACAGGGAUGUGGAAAGAAACCACCUAAACCGUGAAGCAGUGAUGCCUACAGGAGGCAAAGGAAUCACAAGAAAAGAGUCACUAAGAAGAGGUUCAUGGAAGCAAUCUGAAGCAGAAAAACAAGGUUCAGAAGACAAAGAGAAGGCCGCAGUGGUAAUUCAGAGCAAUUACCGGGGUUACAGGAGGAGAGGACAACUCAGAAAAGAAGGGAAGCUACCUUGCAAAAGUCAAGAGAAAACAAUAAAGGAGCCAACACAAGCAAGACACGUUCAAAAUAACAAUCCCCAAACAUCAAAAGGUAGGGAAAGCACCAGUACAGAGGCUGAAGACCCUAAGACACUGAAGGGAGACUCAGAGAAAGAGGCUUGUGAUUUGGCAGCAUUUUCACGACAGAUAUCAAAAUUAUCUGAAGAUUACUUAGCAUUGCAGCAAAAACUGAAUGAAAUGAUAUUGUCCCAUCAGCUGAGACCUGUGAUGAUGUCCAAAGAUAAGCAAGCUAAUGGCCGGCUUUCUUCUCAUGUUUGCCAGUCAGUUGUGGCCAAAGUAGAAGACUCUCGCCCGAUGCAGAGACCCCCCAGAAGGCCACGGAAGCCCAAGACAUUAAAUAAUCCAGAAGACUCCACCUACUACACUCUAAUACAUAAAUCAAUACAAGAUGAAAAACGGAAACCAAGAAAAGAAAGUCUGAGCAAAGUGCUAGAUUUAGAUAUCUACUACCAGGAGAUUUCAUCUACUGACUCCAGCUCCAAGGACAGCAGUACUACCACAAGAAGGAAGAGAUACCCAAUUGAGCGCAGGACUUCCAUUUUACGAGCUACUGAGCGGUCGAGGGUUGCAGAAAGACCCCUGGAAGAGAGCAAAGCCGAAGAUAAUCCCUAUGACUACAGACGACUGCUGCGGAAGACCUCACAGCGCCGGCGCCUUAUCCAGCAGUUCUAG